AUAAAGUAAACGAUCGCUGCUUGCUUGGGCGUAUACUCAAACAGUUAACAUUUAUUUUACAAUCGGAAGUGUAAAGCGAAAGUAUAAAAGGUCGGUGGGCCUAUCUAAAACUUUCUCGUUUUCAAUAUCCUAAUAGUUGGAUCAACAACAAGGAAUUGCUUUGUGGUUUUUUCUUCCUUGAGGCUUGUGUUGCAGUUCAAGCCUGAGGAUCUGAGAUAAAUUGACUCGCUCCGGACUGAGAGGAGGCCAUAAAAACACAUUCUUGCUUCAACAUGUCUGGACCAGGCUAUCCAUCGCCAAACCAACCUCCAUAUCCUAUGCCCCAGCAAGGAGGACAGUACAUGCCCCCUUAUCCCAUGGGAGGCUAUGGAGAACCUGGGCAGGCUGCCCCACCACCUGGAUUCCAAGUCGGGUAUCAUUCAGUUCCAGAUCAGCCGGUCAUGUAUCAACCUGGUCCAGCUAGUUCACCAUCUCAACAGUAUGGAGGUCCUGCACCUGCACCUGUGUCAGUGCCCGCUGGAGUGCCACCUGGUCUGGAGUACCUCACUCAGAUUGAUCAGAUCCUUAUUCACCAGAAAGUGGAGUUAUUAGAAGCAUUCAUUGGCUUUGAGACCAAUAACCAGUAUGAGAUCAAGAACAGCCUCGGCCAGAAGAUCUACUCUGCCAAAGAGAAAAAUGACUGCUGCACGCGUAACUGCUGUGGUGCACUGCGCAGCUUUGACAUGAAGAUCAAAGAUAAUUCUGACAGAGAGGUCAUACGGCUCAUCCGACCUUUCCGCUGUGCCACCUGUUGGUGCCCCUGCUGCCUGCAAGAGCUCGAGGUGCAGGCGCCUCCAGGAACGACCAUAGGAUAUGUAAAACAGGACUGGCACCCGUGCUACCCAAAAUUCUCAAUUCAGGGAGCAAACAAGGAGACAUUGAUGAAGCUCGAGGGGCCCUGCUUGGCCUGUAACUGCUGUGGUGACGUGAACUUUGAGCUAAAAGGCAAGGAUGGUGGGAAGUCUAUUGGCCGAAUCAGUAAGCAGUGGAGCGGACUGUUAAAGGAGGUCUUCACUGACACUGACAACUUUGGCAUCAAGUUUCCUUUAGACAUGGAUGUGAAGAUGAAGGCUGUACUUAUGGGUGCCUGUUUCCUUAUUGAUUUCAUGUUCUUUGAAAAAGUUGGAGACUCUAACCAGCGCAAUACUGUGUUUUCUUAAGCAUGUUUCCAAUUAGUAACUUAGGAAGGAACCUCAACUUUAAUUAGUACCAAAAACUACAUACAGCUGGCGCUCCAGUCAAAGGAAUGUUCAUGGUCAUUUUGUAUUGCAAAAUUUACAAUGAUAGACAUCGUACCAUAAGUGCCUGUUGACUGGGUGCCUUUUAAACAAUCAUGGUAUAGAAAAAUACAAAUCACUGAUACAGAAGCAGCUGACAUUUGUUUGUCAAGUGUUUUUGUUCCUUACUUUUUUUCUUGCUAUAUAAUAGUCACAUACAACCUUAUACACGUGUCUAGGUAUUUUAGGAUUAUGUUAUGUAGUAAUCAUGU